AUGAAUUCUAUAACCAACAGUCUCUCAGACUGCGUAUAUUCGGUUACUAAGGCGUCCUAUUUUCGUGGCCAAGACAAGUUAGACGCUGUCUUUUUUGAGCCUCUCGGUGCUAACAGGCUCUUCUUACUUUGUCUCGACUUGCAGAUUGUCUCAGGCACGUGUCUGGCAAUGGCGCUCUUGUUCAGUCCAGCCUGCUCAAAGGACAGUCGUCUCGAAGUAUCUUUUAGUCGGUUCGAGAUAGUCCUCCUGAUUUGUCAAACCCAAGCCCCAAUCGGUAUUAAAUGUCUCAGAGAGCGAACAAAUCUUCGGAAUUGCGUCCUAUUUAUAUCUCAUCUCAUCUCAUCUCUUCUCCUCUUCUUCCCGUGUAGAAUGCCUUUUGUCUUUGAGUUGCACAUGCCUUUUGUCCACCUGCUGGGCUGCCGAUCACAAUCAAGGCUCUCUAUUUCUCUUUUUUUAAUGACUGCAUUCCAUUGCCGUGUGGUGAGCUCUUCCUGUCACGUUUUCACACGACUUUGGCCGGUUAGCUCUAACGCCUCCGUUGGGAGCAUCAGCAACCUUUGCUUGGAAGCAUGCCAUUUCGAGGCUAAUCCACGCCGACUACUCUUGCCACGAAGCUGGUGGCUUCUCUUGUCAACCCAUGCUUGGGCUGUGUCGAGCUAA